AUGCACUGGUUGUCACAUUACAGGGAUGCUGCGGGGGGUGAGGGGGAGAGCACUGACAGCCGAGAACCGAGUCGAAAACCAAAGCCAAGAUCCAAGCGCAGAACCAAAACAAGAACCAAGGUGAGAACCAAAGCCAAAAACCGAAGCCGAGAACCGAAGCCGAGAACCGAAGCUGAGAACCGAAGCCGAGAACCGAAGCCGAGAACCGAAGCUGAGAACCGAAGCCGAGAACCGAAGCCGCGAAGCAAGACCAAGAAGCGGCGCCAAGAACCGAAGCCGAGAACCGAAUCCAAGAACCGAACACAAAAAAACCGGAGCCGAGAACCGGAGCCGCGAAGCAAGGCCAAAAAAACAGAGCCAAGAACCGAAGCCGAGAACCGAAGCCAAAAAUUCCCAAGCCAAAAACCAGAGCCACGAACCGAAGCCGAGAACCGAAGCCAAAAAUUCCUAAGCCCCCCCCCCAAAAAAAAAACGGAGCAGCCGAGAACCGGAGCCGCGAAGCAAGACCAAAAACCAGAGCCAAGAACCAAAGCCGAGAACCGGAGCCAAAAAUUCCCAAGCCAAAAAAAAAACCGGAGCCGAGAACCGGAGCCGCGAAGCAAGGCCAAGAAGCGUCGCCGCCACGUCUUUGAGAGUGAAACCCGCUGGCACGAGGCCGAAGCACUGUGGCACGCCCGCGAGAUCAUUAAUUAA